AGAUUGUAAUCGCGCAUACGUAUUGUGAGCAUGACUUCUUCUUCUAUGGCCUUUCAAUCAGGAGCUUCUUCCUCUUCUUCAUCCUCUUCAUCUCCUUCUAUCCAUCCAUGGAAUCAUGAUGUAUUCUUGAGCUUUAGAGGUGAAGAUGUUCGCCAUAACUUUAUUUCCCAUCUAUACCAAGCUUUGGAUCAAAGGGGAAUCAAUACUUACAUAGACAACAAUCUUGAAAGAGGGGAGGAGAUUUCACCGGCACUUUUUAAAGCUAUUGAAGGGUCAAUGAUUUCUAUCAUUGUAUUCUCUAAAAACUAUGCAGAAUCUAGAUGGUGCUUAGAUGAGCUAUUGAAGAUUCUUGAUUGCAAGGAAACAAUGAAUCAAAUUGUUCUACCAAUUUUUUACGACGUAGAUCCAUCGGAAGUACGGCAUCAGGAAGGAAUUUUUGGAGAAUCCUUUGAUAAACUCAAGGAUAACGUAAAGAUGCUGAAAUGGAAGGAAGCUUUGAAAAGAGUAGCUGAUUUGUCUGGUUUCCCAUUAGCGAAAUUCCAGGAUGAGUCAACAUUUAUCCAAGAAAUCAUUCAAUGGGUGGACAUAAGAAUAGUAAAUCAAACACCUUUAAGUGUUGCAUGGCAUCCAGUUGGGAUAGAGUCUCGUAUACGAGACAUUUAUGAUCAACAUCUAAAUAUCGAAAUGAAUGAUAUUAUACGCGUGGUAGGGAUAUUCGGAACCGGUGGAAUUGGUAAGACAACUAUUUCAAAUGAUAUCUACAACCGGAUUUCUUCUCAAUUUGAAGGAAGUUGUUUCUUAAAAGACGUUAGAGAAACUUCAAAACGAACAGGAGGUCUACUUGAGCUGCAAAAUACACUUCUAUCGAAGAUCUUAGGAACAAUAUCGAAUAUUGAUGAUGUUGACAAAGGAGUCAAUGUGAUUCGAGAUAGACUUCGCUCUAAAAGGAUUCUACUAGUUCUUGAUGACGUGGAUGAGAUGGUCCAACUAGAAAAACUAGCUAGAGAUCGUGAUUGGUUUGGCUCAGGAAGUAGAAUUCUCAUCACAACAAGAGAUCAACACUUAUUAGAAGUCUUUGAAGUUGAUUCAAAAUACGAGGUGAAGAUUUUGGAUGAGAAUGAAGCUCUUCGACUGUUUAGCUUGCAUGCUUUCAAGAAAGACGAACCACUUGAAGGUUAUGUGGAGCUCUCUAAACAGGUAACAAAAUAUGCUCAAGGUCUUCCACUAGCUUUAAAAGUGCUAGGUUCAGAUCUAAAAGGUCAAAGUAUAGAUGAAUGGAAAAAUGCAUUGGAUAAAUAUAGAAAGAUUCCCAACGAUGAUAUUCAGAAAGUACUCUUAGUGAGUUAUGAAGGUCUGCAUGCUACUGAGAAGAAAAUAUUCCUUGAUAUUGCAUUUUUCUUCACAGGAGAAUGUUUGGCUAAUGUCAGGAAAAUAUUUGAUUGUUGUGGUUUUUUCCCGGUUCAUGGAGUCAAGAGGCUUAUAGACAAGUGUCUUAUUACUAUUGAAUCGAGUGGUGAAAGUGUUCAGAUGCACGACUUGCUACAAGAUAUGGGACGAGAAAUUGUUCGACUAGAAUCACCCGAAGAACCUAGCAAACGUAGUAGACUGUGGUUUCAUGAGGAUAUCCGUGAAGUGUUGGAAGAAAGUACGGGGCCAAACGAAAUUGAAGGCAUAGUAUUAGAUUUACCUAAAGGCGAGGAGGAGAUGAUAAGCUUGCAUCCGGAAGCAUUUCGACAUAUGAAAAGACUUAGAAUCUUUAUAAAUCGUAAUGCACGUUUUUCUUGUGCACCCAAUUAUCUGUCUGAGAAGUUAAGAUUACUUGAUUGGCCUCAAUAUCCUGAAGAGUCUUUGCCACGUAAUUUCCAAGGAAAGAAUCUCAUUGUCUUUAAGAUGCGUAAUAGCCUCAUAAAGGAGUUGGGGGAUGGAUUCAAGCCCAAGAAUUUGACGACUAUGACUUUCUUUAAUUGUCAAUUCUUAGAAAAGAUUCCGGAUCUUUUAAGUAUCUCAAAUUUGAAGCAAUUGAGUGUCACAUGUUGUACAAGAUUAGUUGAGGUGCAUGAUUCCGUUGGAUCUUUGGAAAAUCUUUCUACGUUGGAUUUUGGAGGAUGCUCUAAACUCCAAAUCCUUCCAAGAAGCCUCAAGUCGAGAUCUUUACGCCAGCUUAAUUUUGGUGAUUGCUCAAGCCUUCGUUAUCUUCCUGAAAUGGAGUGUAAAAUGGAAUUUUUAAGCUUGUUGUAUCUGAGUAACACCGCAAUAGAAGAACUGCCUUUAUCCAUCGUGAACCUCGUUGGACUUCAGUUUCUAGAUCUAUCGGGCUGCCUAAACCUUUUGCGUCUCCCAAUUGCUUGCAUUCAGUUGCAACAUUUAAGCCGACUCCGUCUUGAUUGUCCAAAUCUUGUAAAGAAGAUGGGGAAUGAUGGGCUAUCGCUUCUGGCUACUGAGUCUACAAAAAUGGAAGAGGAGAUAUCAUUACGUAAAGAAGCACUCCAUGAAUUGGCGCCUCCAACGAAUUCAAGCAAUGGGAGCACCGCAUUACAAGUAUCGAAUCUUCAAAUUAGUUGUUCCCAUUCAGAAUCAAAUUUCUUUCCAAUAUCUAGUUUCUUUACCAUGUUUAACUCCGCUGCCAGUUUGAGUCAUUUAGAUCUAUCAAUGACUAAAAUUGUUAGCCUUCCCACGAGCAUCAAAGAAUUCGUUACACUAACUAGUCUUUCCUUGCGCAAUUGUGAGAAACUUGAAGAAAUAUUAGAGCUUCCACCAAAUAUAGAAACGGUAAAUGUUGGUGGAUGCAAGUCAUUAGAGAGAUUUUCAGAAGUAUCAAAAAUAUUGGAAUUCAAUGGAAGCCACAUCAGAUCGCUACAAAGAAUUAAAUUGGUUGGCUGCGACAAAAUGCUUGUGAAUAUAUGGAAUGAUAAAGUGCAAAAUCCAUUAUUGUGGAAGGGAGUCUAUGAAUAUGAAUAUGAUGCUACUUUCUUUCCAGAAAAUCAGAUUCCAGAGUGGUUGAGUUAUGUUCGUGAGUUUUUAAAAGAUGAUGAUAAUGGCAGAUGGAGGGGAGAAGAAGAGUGGGUAAUAGAUAUUGAGGGGCCACACUAUUUGGAGGAGAUAAGCGGAAUUGUAUUAUAUCUCGUAAUGUUUGAUAAAGAUGCUGAAAGAUGGAGGAUAGAUAUUAGUUGUAAUGCUAAGAUAACCACUAACGGCUCAAAUCAUGUAUGCUGUAUUGAAGAAGGGGUACGAUUGAUUAGUAUGCUUGGAAAUAUGCCUAGAUAUGCUGUAUGGGUGGGGUACUCCAAUUUACAAUCUUUUGAACGAAAGGUUUUGGACAAUUUGCGAGUUCAAUUUGAUUUCCGUCGUCCUUUCUAUGGGAGGAAGGUGCUGUUUUAUAGAAGUUGCAGAGCCAAAGUAGUAUACAAGAAUGAAAGGAGAGCAAAUAAAAAAAGAAAAAUGGAUGAAGAAAUUUGCAGUGUAUGAUGUAAUUCAUGUUGAUAGACAAGGAAAUGAAGCAGUUCAUUUACUUGCAAGGCACGCUUGCUUUGUGGAUGAUACUAUUCAAUGGUGGCAUCAAUGUCCAAAUUUUCAGAAUCCAUUCUGGAAUCUUUUAACCAGAAGGAGAACAGUUUUCGAGUUGAGUUUUAUUGUGAAUCAAAGAUGGUGUUUGGAGGACAAUAUUGACAAAGUUGCGAUCCAACCUACAUCCUCUGUCAGCAACUGAUAUCAGAAGUUUGGAGGACAACUCUUUCUAUAGCAAAUCAAGUCUUACCAUAUCAAUUAAACGAAGGGUGGUUGGUAUAUUCUGUACACCUGCUUUCAAGAAUUGAUAAAAUUGAGUACCGUCUCUUUUUUUCUUUUUAAUUUUAUAGAGUGGUUUGAAAACCUGCCUCCUUGUAGAGUACAUUUCGAGUGAAAUUAAUUAUUCAUGGAUGUAUGCUAUCUCCCUGUUCUGGUUCAAAAGGAUACUGUGUGAGGAUUGUAUAUAUGUUUGGUUGGAUAUAUAUAUAUAAUUUGGCCCCAAAAGGCAUACUUUCUUGUAGUCGCUACUGAUCAUCAGCCUUAAUUUCAUACACUGUAACUUCUUCCAUGGCCUUGCAACCAUCUUUUCCUUCUUUUCUCUACCUAUUUUUCUUUCAGUACCCCUGAAUGGGCUUAUGAUGUGUUCUUGAGUUCUAGAGGUAUAUAAAGAUGUUCGACAAAACUUUAUUUCUCAUUUAUAUGAUGCUUAGUUUGUGUCAAAAGGGAAUCGAUACUCACAUUGAUGAGCACCUUGAAAGUGGAAAGGAAAUUUCAUCGACACUUCUCAAACUUAUUGAGGAGUCAAGGAGUUUGGAGGGGCUGAUGAAGAUUCUCGAGUGCAGAGAAAUUAAACAACAAAUAGUGCGGAAAGAGAAGGAAAAUUAUGGAGAGGCAUUGGUCAAUUACAAAGACAAGUUGAAUGCAUGAUGAUACGAAGGAUCGUACGUGUUGGUGUGUUUUGUUUUCGAAAUUUGAACUCAAGAAAAACAUCGAUCAACAAAUUAGAGCAAAAUCUUUUCAGAGAUAUUUUUAAGAAAUUAAGUGAGCAAGGUAAGUAAUUAGUACACUCCGUUUAGACCAAGAUUUACUUUCCAUGGUAAUGUGAUGUGAUUUAUAGUGGUAGAUCAGUAAUUAGAUAAAUAAUUAAUCAACAAUUAUGAUCAAGGAAGCACAAAUGAUUGAAAGGUGAGAAAACAUAUAAAUUAUGGAUAAGGCAAUCAUCGAACCU